AUGAAGUCCAUCCUGCUCGCGGCCGCAGCUCUGGCCGGCGCAACGCUGGCUUCGGCAAAGACAUCUCUCCCCAGCGGCUGGUUCGCGAUCCCGCCUUCGUCCAAGAUCCAACACUCCGACUUCCACGGCAAGCCGCGCUACCUGACUUGGAUGGCCGACUCCCAGAUCAAGCACGGCGUCGAGCCGACCUUUGCCUACACCGUCUCGGCCUACCUCUCGGGCGUGCUGCUCGCCUACACCCGCACCGGCGACCCCAAGUACGCCUCGUACAUCACCCGCCACGCCGACCUGGUCCUCUACCCCGCCCGGGACGGCUCCAUCCUCCUCUACAACGACAGCAACUCCAUCGACGACAUCCGCUUCGGCCACACCUUCCUCGACGCCCACAGCCUAGCCGCCGCCGCCGCCGCCAGCAGCAACACCUCCAACUCCAACUCCUCCUCCUCCUCCUCCUCCUCCAUUUCCUCCAACUCCUCCUCCAUCUACCUGACCGCCGCCCGCACCCUCCGCGCCCAAAUCGACCGCACCCGCCGCACCCCCGCCGGCGGCUUCUACCACCGCUACCCCACCUAUCCGGACCAAAUGUGGCUCGACGGCAUCUACAUGCUCGACGUCUUCUACGCGCGCUGGACCCACGCCUUGGACCCCCGCAACGCCACCGCCUGGGCCGACAUCGCCCUGCAGUUCGACCUCAUCAACGCCGGGACAAUCACUGCCGCCGAUCCCAACGGCACCACAAAGCGCGGCCUCCCCGUCCACGGCUUCGACUACAGCCGCCGCGCCGUGUGGGCGGAUCCCGUGACGGGCGCCGCGCCGCACGUGUGGGGCCGCGCCGCGGGGUGGUACCUCAUGGCGCUGGUGGACGUGCUGGAUUAUUUCCCUGAGGGGGAGGCGGACGGCGGCGGCGGUGGUCGCGCGCGGCUGCUCGGGUAUCUGCGGGCGCUGGCGGACGCGGUGGUGGCGGCGCGGGACCCGGUGUACGGGGGGUGGUGGAACGUCAUGGAUCCGGGGAUGGAGGGGCGGGAGGGGAAUUACGUCGAGAGCUCGGCGUCGGGGAUGUUCGUGUACGGGCUGCUGAAGGCGCUGCGGAUGGGGUACGUCGAGGGGGAGGAGUAUAGGGAGGCGGCGCUGGGGGGGUACGGGUUGAUGACGGAGACGUUUGCGGAGGAGAGGGGAGGGGAUGGGGCGUUGGAUUAUCUGUGGACGGUGCAGACGGGGAGUUUGAGCUCGAAUGGGACGUUUGAGUAUUAUGCGAGUAUGCCGUUGUUUGAGAACGACUUGAAGGGCGUUGCGCCCUUUCUUUUCGCAAGCUACGAGUAUGAGCUCUAUAUCGAGGGGAAGGAGGGAGUGCAGCAAGAGACGAUAUGA